UCCUAUCUUGUUCCGGUUUCUCAGGGGCACAAGCACGUGUAAUCACACUAUGGUGUUCACUAGGCUCUGCUGAAACCUCUACACGUUCCUUUACCACUGGAUCAGUGUCUUCGCCCGUAACCUUGUAGCAUUUACUUUCAUUUGGCCUGUGUCUUUCUCUGCUAGUAGCCUAUGAUUGCCACGAUGAAAUACAUUCUGGUCACAGGAGGUGUGAUCUCGGGGAUCGGGAAGGGUAUCAUCGCCAGCAGCGUCGGGACGAUCUUGAAGUCCUGCGGCCUUCAUGUCACAGCCAUUAAAAUUGACCCUUAUAUAAACAUCGACGCUGGGACCUUCUCUCCCUAUGAGCAUGGUGAAGUGUUUGUGCUGGACGACGGAGGAGAGGUGGACCUGGAUCUGGGGAACUACGAGCGCUUCUUGGACAUCCGUCUCACCAAAGACAACAACCUCACAACCGGGAAAAUCUACCAGUCCGUCAUUAACAAAGAGAGACGAGGAGACUAUCUGGGCAAGACUGUGCAGGUGGUGCCUCACAUAACUGAUGCCAUUCAGGAGUGGGUGAUGAAGCAAGCCAAGAUCCCAGUGGAUGAAGAUGGUGUAGAGCCUCAAGUGUGUGUUAUUGAGUUGGGUGGUACUGUCGGAGACAUCGAGAGCAUGCCUUUCAUCGAGGCAUUCAGACAGUUCCAGUUUAAAGUGAAGAAGGAAAAUUUCUGUAACAUCCAUGUCAGUCUUGUUCCUCAGCCUAGUGCUACAGGUGAGCAGAAGACCAAACCCACGCAGAACAGCGUGAGGGAGCUGAGAGGACUCGGCCUUUCUCCAGACCUGAUCAUGUGCCGCUGUUCCACUCCACUGGAUAACGCUGUGAAGGAGAAGAUCUCCAUGUUCUGUCAUGUCGAGCCUGAACAGGUAAUAUGCGUCCAUGACGUGUCCUCCAUCUACAGAGUGCCGCUGCUGCUGGAGGCGCAGGGCGUCGUCAACUACUUCUGCCGAAGGCUGGAUCUGCCCAUCGAGGGCAGGCCCAGGAAGAUGCUCACUAAAUGGAAAGAGAUGUCAGACAGGUCAGACAGACUGUUGGAGCAUUGUUCCAUCGCCCUGGUUGGGAAGUACACGAAGUUCUCCGACUCGUACGCUUCGGUUAUUAAAGCCCUGGAGCACUCGGCCCUCGCCAUCAGCCAUAAACUAGAGGUUAAAUACAUCGAUUCAGCGGAUUUGGAGCCUGCUACUCUGCAGGAAGAGCCUGUAAAAUAUCAUGAAGCUUGGCAGAAGCUGUGCAGUGCAGAUGGUAUUUUGGUCCCGGGAGGUUUUGGAGUCCGAGGGACCGAAGGCAAGAUUCAGGCUAUCAGCUGGGCCCGCAAACAGAAGAAGCCCUUUUUAGGUGUGUGUUUGGGAAUGCAGCUCGCUGUUUGUGAAUUUGCCCGGAAUAUCCUGGGCUGGGCAGAUGCUAACUCUACUGAGUUUGAUCCUGAAUCAAAACACCCUGUGGUGAUCGAUAUGCCUGAGCACAAUCCAGGACAAAUGGGUGGCACAAUGAGGCUAGGGAAGCGACGGACCAUUUUCAAGAACCAGAGUAGUAUAUUGAGAAAGCUUUAUGGAGAUGCAGACUAUGUCGAUGAAAGGCACAGACAUCGUUUUGAAGUCAAUCCAGAGCUGAAGCAGUACUUCGAGGAGAAAGGCUUCCGCUUCGUGGGCGAAGAUGUGGAGGGAGAGAGGAUGGAGAUUAUAGAGCUGGAUGAUCAUCCGUAUUUCGUGGGUGUGCAGUACCAUCCCGAGUUCACGUCCCGGCCGAUAAAACCGUCCCCACCUUACUUUGGUCUGCUGCUGGCCGCGGCUGGGAAACUACACAGCUACCUACAGAAAGGUUGCCGGCUCUCACCACGAGACAUGUACAGCGAUCGCAGUGGCAGCAGUUCUCCAGAUCUAGAGCUCGCAGAUUUCAAACUUCACCCCAUGUCUCACGACUGAUCCGGUCCUUAAACACGACGUCUGCAUUUUAUCGGUUCACAAGUACACUGUGGUUUAAACAGACCUGCCAACCUUCACACCCAUGUGGUGGAGGAGCUACACAUUUAUACACUGCACCACACAGCUAGGAGUUAAACAUAGCGUUGAGUUGAAGUCAAAAUUACAUGACUUCAUUUCCAAAAUGCACAUCUUCACUGGUAAUGAGUUUAAAAAAGAAUUGUGCUUGCAGAUUUUUCCAAGUGACCAAGUUAUCGGGGACACACUUGAGUAACCUGAUCAUAAAACCUUGUUUUGCGGAAAUGAAAGUGGGAAUGUUCUUUCUACCUGCUCUUUAAGCACUCUACUACAAUUAAUUCUAGCUCUCUAAAUACACACACGCUAUUAAUUUAAACCUCUAUAACCCUGAGCAGGAAACCUGUUAGGGUUGGCAGGUCUGUUUAUAACGAACCGCCUGAUACUAUCAUGCUUUCUGUUCUGUAACACGUGUGUGUGUGUGCACGUUUCUUUUUGUCUUCUGUGCAGGACUGCAGUAUUUUACAAAAGAAACUCAGUAAUUUGCUCUGACUUUUUAUAGCCUGUUUAAUUGGUGUAUAUUUUUCAUUGUACUCUAUAUGUUUUGUUUUGUUUUUUCCAGCAUCAGAAAUAUAAUAAUAUUAAGUAUA